UGAGGUUCAGGGUAUUAAAUGAUGAGCACAGAGGGAAGAAGGCACAGUGAAAAUGGCUCUCUACCAAUUUCUGUGUGGUUCAGCGGUGAUGAUCAUCCUCUUAUCCAAUGGAUGUCAUUCACAACAGCAGCCAGCAUGUGGCCGGGCACCAAACAACCUCAGAAUUGUGGGAGGUCAAAAUGCGGCUGCAGGAACUUGGCCCUGGGUAGCCAGUAUACAAGUGAAUGGCAUGCACCAUUGUGGAGGGUCCCUGAUCAGCGAUAUGUGGGUUCUGACUGCUGCUCACUGCAACCCAGAUCGCAACAUGACGGUUGUUCUGGGCCUCGAAAGCAUGUCUGGUCCAAACUUGAACAACGUGUCUAAGGCAAUUGAUAAGAUCAUAGUCCAUCCUGCUUACGGCGACCUUCUCAACGAAUUUGAUAACGACAUGGCUCUUCUGAAGCUGUCGAGCCCGGUGACGUUUACCAACUACAUCCAGCCGGUGUGCUUGGCCUCUGCAAACAGCACCUUCAACACCGGAGACAACAACUGGGUUGUUGGUUUUGGUACUACAUCAAAUUGUAAGCUCACUGACUACAGACACAAGGAUGCAUGUUGUCUUUUUUAACACCAAUUUUAACUU